AUGGGGUCUAGGUCCACAGCACGGUUUAGACACCUCGGUCGGGGAACCCCUUCCCCGUUAUUGAAUAUCGGUGGCGUCGGGGCCAGCGGAGCUCGUUUCCAUCAGCACUUGCCGCCCUCCAGCCACCAUCACUACCCCCAGAGCUCGCUGCCCAAAGGACAACAACACCCGCUGUCGCACCACUACCAGGCGGCGACGGAGCAUCAUCUCUCUGUUGAAAACAUCACGGAGUCCCCGGUAAGGAAAGCCUCGUCAUCGUCUUUGAACCUGGUACAGCAGGACCCCGCUGCUAGCCACCACGCACUCGCUGCGUCGGUAAACGCGGCGUCGGCCGCGAUACAACUAGCCGCGAAUGCUAAUGUUAGCGUGGCUACCUCAGAAGGUGUAGUGGACGACAUUCAGAAGUGUGGCUAUCUGCGGAAACAGAAACACGGCCACAAGAGGUUUUUCGUGCUGAGGGCGGCCAGCCACCUAGGCCUCAGUCGGUUGGAGUACUAUGACAGCGAGAAAAAAUUCCGUAACAGUCUGCGGUCUGCUGCUGCGGCAGCUGCAAACGGUACGGUCGCCCCUUCUCCCCCGAAAAGGGUGAUCUAUCUGUAUCAGUGCUUCACUGUCAACAAACGAGCAGAUUCCAAAAACAAACACCUCAUAGCCCUCUACACUAAGGAUGAAUACUUUGCUAUUGUAGCUGAAAACGAGCAGGAACAAGAUGACUGGUAUGUAGCGCUGAGUGAACUGAUGAGUGAGGGGAAAAAGGGGCAUCUAGACUCGGACGAGUUGGAUGAUGGCUACGGUACCGUCACACCAGGUACGGUUUUCAAAGAGGUGUGGCAGGUGAACGUGAAACCCAAAGGGCUGGGUCAGACCAAGAACCUCACAGGUGUGUAUCGUUUAUGCCUCUCUACUAAAACUAUCCACCUGGUCAAACUAAACUCUGAGACGCCAUGUGUCAACCUUCAGCUGAUGAACAUCAGACGCUGUGGACACUCAGAAAGCUUCUUCUUCAUGGAGGUGGGUCGGUCAUCCUCUAUAGGCCCUGAGAUAUGGAUGCAGGUAGAUGACUCUGUAGUGGCUCAGAACAUGCAUGAGACCAUCCUGGAGACCAUGAAGGCUCUGAAGGCCUUUGCUGAGAUCCGCCCCAGGAGCAAGAGCCAAUCUUCUGGCUCCAACCCCAUCGCUUUUAUCACCACCCGCCGUCACCUAGGUAACCUGCCUCCGAGCCAGACAGGUCUCCAGCGCCGCUCCAGGACUGAGUCGGUGGUUGGGACGCCGCCGUCGAGUAAGAGCUCUGGCGCCAGCGGCUAUCGCUUCCGAACAUCGAGCGAGGGUGAGGGGACGAUGAACCGGCCAUUCCGAUCCGUUACCGGCAGCCUGAUCCACCUGAACACUGCCCGGAUACACCUGGGGCGCCAGGAGGGCGGGGUAGGGGCAGGGAAUACCGGGAGCACCGGGGUUGUAGGGCGCUACGCCAGGGCACUACCAGGGUCCACCUACCACGCCCGCUCCGCCUCGCUCCCAGUCUCCCACUUUCCCUCCACCACCUCCCCUGUCAGCGUGUCCAGCAGCAGCGGGCAUGGCUCCGUCUCCGAUACCCUUACCCGGCCCUCCUCAGCGUCCAUCUGUGGUUCCCCCUCCGACGGAGGCUUCAACUCCUCAGACGAGUACGGCUCCAGCCCUGGGGACUUCCGCUACUUCAGGGUCCGGAGCAACACUCCUGAUUCCCUUGGCAACACCCCACCAAUCAGAGAAGAGAACUGCAUGAGCGACUACAUGGCCAUGGGCUGGCACCGUGAGGUGUUUGAGCCGCCAGCGGUGGAGGGAGUAGCUCUGGCAGUGCGGAGACGCCCAACCGGGACGAGCACGUCGACGGAUGACGACAGGUCCCUGAGGAGACGUACCCACUCGUUCACGCGGCCCGGGGUCAGGGGGUGUUGCCGGCGGCAGCAGUGGUGUGACGGUGUACCAGAAGAUGACCCAGACCACCUUCUCGCUGGACGAGUCGGUGUCCCUCCUGCUCCGAGCACAGCCAGGGCCGACCCCUCCUUUUCGGCCAAGGAGGACAGCGGCUACAUGCCCAUGUUGUGUGGGGUGGCAGCCUCACCCUGUGACGCACCGGACUACAUGCCUAUGCAACCCAGCUCCCCCUCUCUUCACCACCACCAUCCCCAGCACUCCCACUCUCCCCAGGCCCCCCGCUCAGCCCAACAGCACACAGACCCCCGUGGCUACAUGAUGAUGCUACCAGGGGGGCGGAACUCCUCUUCCCCAGUCCAGGCCUCCCCCAGCUCCCACAGCAGUAGCAGUAGCAUGGGUCUGGGUGGAGGUAGUGUCAGUAGUUCUGGAAGUAUAGUGGAGCGGCCCGAGAAUGGAGAGUACAUGGACAUGUCGUACAGCAGUAGCGGAGGAGGUGGAGGGGACGCGGCAGGGGGACGGAAGUUCUCCAACGAGGGGGGAUACUACGCACUGAGCAACCCUGAAGGGAGAGACCCCAAAUCAUACAACUACAGCCCCUACUUCUCCCUGCCUCGCUCCUACAAGGCCCCCGCUGUUGCUACCGGCAAUGUCGGCGAGAGGGGCGUGACGACGAGGGGUGUUGGUAGUGGGGGGUCUGACACCCCUCACGUCCUCCCUCACGGCUACCCGCCCCCUCCCUACGGGGUGCACCACCAAGCGGCUAACGGUGACCGUCGGACGACCCCGGUCCGGCCCAACCGCCUCCCCCUAGGGCGCCGCAGCUUCCACGGGUCACUGAGGGUCAGCGAGCCGGACGCCGCCGAGGUACUCUCCAGCCCUGGAGAGUACAUCAACAUCGAGUUUGGGGGCCGCUACGGACCCCCAACGGCCUGCCCCCCUCUGCCCAGGAUGGCUCACCCUCGGUGGGCUCUGCUGAGCAGCGCCACUCCCCCUCCCCACCCCUAUCCUCAGAACCAGGACUAUAUGAGUGUAGAGGUGGGGGUUGGAGGGCGACGCCGACACAGCUCUGAAACGUUUUCCUCAUCCUCCACCUCCGGAGGAGUCGGAGCCACAAGCUCCAGCACCAACCCCAACCCCUCCUUGGGCUCAGCCAACCCAUCGGCCCUCAACGUAGCUCAUCUGGCCGAGAGCUCCAAGUGGACCGGCUCUGGCUCCUUUGACAGUGUGUGGAUGUGUGUUGAGGGGGUAGGGGGGGACUCGGCUGGUCUCCCUGCCCGUCCAGGGCCUUCUGAUCUGGGCAUUGCCUCUUCUGUGUGUCCUCCUGGGGGUCGGAUGUGCAGGAACAUGUCUGUGGGGUAUCAGAACGGACUCAACUACAUCGCCCUGGAGCUGAGAGAGGACCGGGACUCUAACCCUCUACCCGUACCCCAGCAGCAGCAGGGAGGCACCGGGCAUGGUACCGGGGUGACCCCCAACGCCCCCCAAGCCAGUAACCUGACUGUGCCAGUAGCAGAGGACAACGGAGCCUAUGGCAGUAUAGACUUCAUCAAGUCAGACAGGAUGACUGCCACGUCCAAGGGUAGGGUUCAGGGAGAAACAGAUGUGAUAGAAAGAGGAAAGCGAGAAGGACUGAUGGAGGAAGCUGAGAAGGGAGCAUCACAGACUCCCUCUACCGUGGCCUUCAACACCCCCACACCACACUUUGAUCUUCAACCUCUCAACCUCAAGGACUCCAGCCCACGAGGUCACGCCCCCUCUGAACAACAACCGCAACAUCACCAAGACGACAGAAAACGAAGACUGAAUGCGCCACAUUUGUGUUUAAUAAUUUCAUUUUUUGCAAACUUUUUUAUUUUUGAUACCUAA